GAUUUUGACCUGGGAAAAAUAGGCUGAACAAAUAGUAGAUAAAAUGCGGUCUAUGUUGGACUCUGUGCUGGAGGUGGAGGAGGCGACGUCUCGCAGAAAAUAGAUUGUGGGAGGGGCAGAUUUAGGACUUGGGCUGCAGAAACCCUGCAUGAAUAACUUAACAACUUUUCAAAUGAUGCCCCACCCUCCAAAAAUGCAUCUUUCCCCCCCUUUUACAGGCAAAUUUCCCUAAAUUUCAAAGGCUGAUGUUUUAUCGCUGCUAUGCAGUCCGGGGAUGCUUUGGCUGUGCUGUUCCUUGUCUUCCUAGGGAUGGUCGAGGCCGGAGCCCGCCAGCCCUGCAGUCCUAAACUCCUUGGCGAAAAUGCCAUGGUGUGCGUUUGCAACGCAACGUUCUGCGACACGGUGGACCCGCUCUCCCUCCCGGAUGUCGGCAACUUCGUCAAGUACACAACCAGCAGGGAGGGACAACGCUUGGAGCGGAGCGAAGGGCAAAUAGUAGAUACCAGCUCAGGAACUUCAGGUGGGAUUUUCUACACCUACAACCCCUCCGUUCAGCACCAAUACGUCAAAGGCUUCGGCGGGGCGCUCACCGACUCUGCCGCCAUCAACAUCCUGCGUUUGUCUUACGGAGCCCAAAACCACCUUCUCCGCUCUUAUUUCUCGGACGAAGGAAUUGAGUACAAUUUGCUGCGCUGGCCCAUUGGCUGCUCCGACUUUUCCACACGGCCCUACAGUUACGGUGACCGAUGCGUGGAUGACUUCGAACUGAAGUGUUUUGAACUGGCCCCCGAAGACACCAAGCUUAGGAUCCCCCUGCUCCAUCGUAUCAUGGCCCAUGCGGAGAGGCCCCUCUCCCUGGUCGGCAGCCCUUGGACCAGUCCUGGCUGGCUAAGGGCCAACAACAUGGUUCACGGCAAAUCCCGGUUAAAGGGAAAUCCAGGUGACCGUUACCACAAGGCCUGGAGUCUCUAUUUUAUCAGGUUCUUAGAUGAGUACGCCAAAAACAAUAUUACUUUCUGGGCACUCAGCUCUCAGAACGAACCAGUCACCGCCCUUUUCAUAAGCCGCGAAGAGUUUCCGUGCAAUUAUUUCUCGCCGCCACAUCAGCGCGACUUUAUCAUUCAAGAUCUGGGUCCGGCCCUGGCCGCCAGCCGUCACGCCAAUGUCCUCCUGAUGAUCCUGGAUGACGGCAGGUGCCACUUGCCGAACUGGGCCGACCAGGUGAUUGGCAAUAGUACCGCAGCGGCCUUCGUGUCCGGCAUUGGCAUCCAUUGGUACUUUGACUCGGUCACUCCAGCUGGACUUACUCUGGACAUUACGCAUCGCCUGUACCCCGAUUUCUUUCUGCUCUAUACAGAAGCUUGCAAUGGUUUUCUGGAUUGGGAGGUGAAGGUGGCCCUGGGAAGCUGGGAGAGAGGCAUCUAUUACAGCAGAAAUAUCCUGUCGAAUCUCAACCACUUCGUCACCGGGUGGAUCGACUGGAACUUGGUCCUCGACAUGGAAGGGGGCCCCAAUUGGGUGGACAAUCCUGUGGACAGCCCCAUCAUAGUCAACCCCCUCAAGGAUGAGUUCUACAAGCAGCCCAUGUUCUACCACCUGGGGCAUUUCAGCAAAUUCAUCACCGAAGGCUCUGUGAGAGUCGGGCUCACCUCCAACUGCUUGUUUGACAUCUGUAAGUUGAAGACUUCGGCUUUCCUGAGACCCGACGGCGUUGCGGUGGCGGUGGUGUUGAACGAUGGGCCUGCCGAUAUUUCUUUCACUAUCUUGGACCAUCAGGUGGGUUACCUCAAGGACCGUGCGAGAGCUCACUCCAUCCAAACUUACCUGUGGAGGAGGCAACUUUGAGAUCCUGAGACGGGGAAGGAAA